AUGGUCAACAAUGCUCUUCAUCGACAUGACGAACAAGAAGCAAACGGUAGUCAUUCUGAAGAGUCUCCAAAUGAAGCCACUCAGAGAGCUGGUACUAGAGUGGAUCCUAGGUUUAACAUUGUCGAACUCCACUUGAGAAACAAAUAUAGACCGUUUGAUCCUUUCAUUCUUCCAACUAAUGUCAGACAGGCUUAUUACGUGCCAUAUCCACCAUUCCGCAGUAUAGACAAGCGUGGUUGGGCUGUAGCAGUACAAACCAAGCCUAGAGCAAUGACAGGACAAGGUUCAGAUAAACCUGAUAAAGGAAAAGGGGUAGCCAGGCCUAAAAAAAGGCAACGGAAGGCCCCAAAGUAUGUACUUAGGGUGCCUACUUCCUCAUCUUCUACACCACCUUCAGCUGGUGAUGCUGAAGAUGUUGACCCGCCUUUCCAUGAUCGACCAUGGAUUGAGCCAUAUGGAAAAGGGUUUAUUCCCUCCAGAGUUGCUUCCCAGGCCAUAACACGUUCAAUUAAGCAACAGUAUUUGACUCCAUGGCCUACUUGGGGAGCCAUACCUAUAGACGACAGAAAGCCAUUCUGGGAGCGUUUUAAGAAGAAGGUGCAGUGGAAAGCUGAGCAUGAAAGUCAAAUUCAUAGAAAUUUUCACAUGAAAGCAUCUCAUCGGCUCUCAGAGAUGUUUAGGGAUGCCAGGAUUGCAGGGGAGCGCCCUGACUGGAUGGGCGAAAUUAUUUGGAACUCUUUGCUUGCACAUUGGAACACAGUAGAGUUUCGUAAGAAGUCUGCUACAGCCCAGAAGAACAGAUCGUCUGAAAGGGGUGGUGCCUUGCAUACUGGUGGGUCGAUCACGAUUCACGAGCAUGCCAUUCGUAUGGCACAAGCUCUUGGACGAGCGGUCCAUGUUGACGAGGUCUUUGCACAGACCCAUGUUCGGAAGGGCACUAAUGAAUUCGUUGAUGAAAGGUCUCGCAAGACUCAUGAAGAUUUUUCUACGAGACUUUCACAGGUUAGAUCCGAACAUGGGUCAGCUCCUACACCGGAUGAUACGACAUCGAAAGGAGGUACACUGAAGCAUCAACCUUCUUCUUCCACCUCUUCUGCUGACGAGGCCAUCCAGCGCUUGACACAGCUACUGGACCAACGUGACCACGAAAACCGUGCAUUGAGAGAAGAAUACAGUGACUUGAGAGAUGAGUUCUCAAGCUUCAAGGCCCUGGUCAUGAGAGCGCUGCCUCAAACUUCAGACACUCCUUCCAUUGUCCCUCCGACCCAGCCACGACCCUCCCCGUCACCCGCCGUCCCUCAUCAGCCCACACCAGUCCAGCCCACACCAGUCCAGCCAUCUACAGAUGACCAGGAGGAUGAACAUCUUUCUGAAGACUAUGUAGAUUUUUAG